UGUUGAUAUGAACGUGACAGACAGACGCGUUAGUCAACAACUUACUGGAACUCACAGUAUUGUGUGAGCAUUGGGGCUUCACGAACGCGUAUCCACUUUAUUUGCUCCAAUGUUCCGAGUGCGCGAACAUCGAACAAAAUAAAACAAACAUAAAGAACAAAUAAUCGCCGUCACAUUAAUUUAAUUUUUAAGUGAAUAGUGGAAGAGCAUUGUACUCUUAAUUUCGAAGACUCUUUUGUUGAAACAAGUUGAGUAAAGAAGACUUUGUGAAGAUGACUGAAAAGGAAAAAUGUGAAAUUGACAAUGAAAUAGGACAAAUACAGGGAAGCGCAGUGAAGUUAAAAAGAGAAUUAGGACUCUUUUCCGCCGUCAAUUUGAUUCUGGGAGUAAUGAUUGGUUCGGGAAUAUUCGUAUCCCCAGCAUCUGCCCUGGAACACUCAGGCUCGGUGGCAUUAUGUCUCAUAAUAUGGACUGUAUCAGGAAUAAUAUCAUUACUAGGAGCUUUAUCAUUUGCUGAAUUGGGCACAGUAGUUGGGAAAUCAGGAGCUGAAUAUGCAUAUUUUCAAGAGGCAUUUGGAAAUACUCACAAGUACUGGGGACCAUUACCGUCAUUCAUCUGUGCUUGGAUAUACGUCGUCAUAUUGAGACCCGCUGAAGUCGCUAUUAUAGUAAUGACUUUCGCAGAGUAUGCGAUUCAACCAUUUUCUGCAGAUUUACAAGCAGAUUAUAAGGACACAGCUAUAAAAUUAGCAUCCCUCACCGCUCUUUUUGUGAUGACGUACAUCAACAUAACCAGCGUGAAGUUGUUUGUAAAGGUGCAGAACAUUUUCGGCGUGUGCAAGGUCUUCGCCUGCCUUAUAGUGAUCGGGGGCGGCAUUUACGAGAUAUGCAAGGGCAAUACGGCGCAUUUAGACAAAGGGUUCGAAGGCAGCACAAGUAGCCCGGGAGGCAUCGCGCUUGCGCUCUACUCAGGCCUGUGGGCGUACGAUGGAUGGAACAGCGUCACCGUCGUGACUGAGGAGAUUAUCAACCCUGGAGUCAACGUCCCUCUCAGCAUUUCCAUCGCAGUACCACUCAUCACAGCUCUGUACGUGUUCAUGAACGUGGCCUAUAUGACUGUGCUGAGCUACGCGGAGAUGACGUCAGUCCCAGCUGUGGCCGUGGCCUUCGGAACCAGGGUGCUCGGACCUGCCAGCUUCCUGAUACCCCUCGGUGUUGCCAUCGCUACUUUCGGGUGUGCCAUGAGCGUGCAGUUCGGUGUUACCAGGGUAUGCUACACGGCGGCGCGCGGUGGCCAUAUGCUGGAAGUGUUUUCCUACGUCAACAUGAAGAGGCUGACGCCCGCGCCAGCUGUCGCUUUCCAGGCGUUGCUAACCACGGCAUUCAUCGUAGUCGGCAACAUAAAAACCCUCAUAGAAUUCGCCAGCUGGUUCCUUUGGUUCUUCUACGGGUUGGCAAUGGUCGCUCUACUAGUGCUGCGAAAAACACAAGCGAAGAAACCUCGCCCGUACCGAGUCCCGACGCUAGUGCCGUGCUUCGUGCUACUCGUAGCGAUAUUCUUAUCGAUACUUCCGAUUGUCCACGACCCGUCGGUAAAAUAUCUCAUGGCAGUCGGGUUUAUAGUCCUGGGGGUGCUGGUGUACACCGUGUUUGUGUAUCACAAAAAAACGCCGACUGCUUUACUCGAAAAAUUCACAUUCCUAACACAAGUUCUGUUCGAGAGCGUCCCGCCGAGCAAUCGUCAAGACUGAUCACUAUUGUUUUAAGUGCAUGUUUGUAAAUAUUAGUAUUAGAAUAUUAAAUAAAGGACAUAUUUUAGUAAAUU